ACAAGUGGCAACUACAUCACCGGAGAAAUCAUUAGCGGGCGGCGAAAUUAGUUACAUUUCUGAGGUUCCAAACUUCGCUUCGACACACGAUUUGAAUUUCUCCGGUUUUCAGAUUCAAUGCAGGAUUGUAUUGCUCAUGGCGAUGGAAACCUUGAGGGAAAAGGUUAUGGUUUUGUGUUACUGGAAUGGUUCUGUCAAGUAUGGUCCUGACGGCGUAUUCUAUGAAGGAAUGCCUCGUAAGAAGAUCAGAGUUAGGCAAAAGACUGCGUUAACUACAUUGUUGAAUGGGCUUUAUCCAAUUUUUGGAUUAGAUAAGCAGAAAUCAGAGUUCAAAAUCUUCGGUAGGUACCCUGUAGCUGCUUCACCGGAUCUGUUUAUGUAUGCACACUUUCCUGUGGUGAACGACACUAGCUUGGAGACGAUGCUUGAGCUUCCAAGCAAUCAUCCUUCUAUUAAAGAUGUGGAGUUGUAUUUGGAAGUUAAAUCGACAUCUAAUGGAGUUAUUGAUCCUGCUUCUUGCUCAUCACUAUUUGAAAACCCCGGUAAUUCCUCAAAAAGACAGAGGACCCAACAACCACCAGAAGCUAUUACUUAUGUGUCACAUCCAUCUGUUAAAUUAGAGAGGGAUGUAGGCUUAGAGGUUCAGGGAGUGGAUUACAUUAAUGGGUGGAUUGAAGACGAGGCAGGUGCUGAGAUUGGAAACGGUAGCACUCAUGGAGGUGGAGAUGGAGAAAUGACAGAUAAAAACAUGGGUUCGGAUGAAGUAGAGGAGCAGGUGGUUAAUUUGACAGUGGAUAACGACAGUGCACACAAGGGAUUGAAUGUGCCAGACUUAGAGGCAUCUGCGAGUGCAUGCUUAUUAGAUAGGGUCAAUUCAAGUGCUUUAAAGCCGCAGAUUCUAUCCAGUUUGUGGGUUGAUGAACAUGAGUUGCGCGUGGGGUUGUGUUUUAAAGAUAUAUAUGAGCUGAAGAAAGUAGUGGACUGGUGCUCCAUUAGAGGGCAGCAAAGGUGUGUAGUAAAAGAGAUUAAGAAUGACGAGUAUAUGUUUGAGUGCAUCAGAUGGAAAUGCAAUUGGUCGCUUCAGGCAGCUAGAAUGGAAGAUCACGGACUUGUUGAGAUAACCAAGUGUAGUGGUCCACAUACUUGUUGUUCUUUUGAGCCAGAUAGUUUCGAGUUGGAAUUUGCAGCAGAAGAGAUUGAAAGUCUGAUCAGGGUACAACCCACACUAACAAUUGCAGAGUUGAAAGAUUGGUGGUUUGAAAAAUUUGGCUACAAGCUUGAAACUUCAGUGAUGAAGGCAGCAAAACUGGAAGCGAUAAAAAAAAUAUAUGGAGAUUGGGAUCAAAGUUUCAGAUUGAUGACCAAAUUAAUGGCUGCGUUUCAAACAUCUAAUGGGCUACUAGUGGACUGGCAAUACGAUCUUUUUCCAAAUCCUGAAUUUGCACUCUUUCGUGGCGUGUUUUGGGCGUUUCCACAGUCCAUUGAAGGGUUUCACCACUGUAAACCUGUGAUCAUAGUGGACACCAAAGACUUGAACGGUAAGUACCCUAUGACAUUGAUGAUUGCCCAGGGACUCGAUGCUGGUGAUUAUUAUUUCCCGCUUGCAUUUGCGGUUACCAAAGAAGUGUCCACUGAUAGUUGGCGUUGGUUUCUCACUGGAAUCAGAGAGAAGGUCACACAAAGGAAAGACCUUUGUCUCAUCUCCAGUCCCAACCCGGACAUAGUCACUGUUGUAAACGAGCCAGGGUCUCUAUGGCAAGAACCCUGGGCUUAUCACAGGUUUUGUCUGGAUUAUCUGUGCUCCCAAUUCCACGAUGAAUUUAAAGAUGACUACCUUACGAACCUUUUGAAGCAGGCUGGAAACACGAGUCAGAUUGAAAAAUUUGAUUCCUACAUGAAGGACAUCGAAAAGAAGAACUUAGCAGCUGGGAAAUGGUUAGACCAAUUUACUCAAAGUCAGUGGGCUCAGGCUCAUGAUAGUGGUCGGAGAUACGGAAUCAUGAUGGUAGAAACAGAACCUUUAUUUGCAGUUUGUGAAAGCGUUCUGUGUCUUGGUCUGCCAGUGACAGCGACUGCACUGCUUCUGUUUGAUGAGAUGAGAACAUUUUUUAAAGAGGGUCGUUGUGAUAGCAGUGGGGUUAAUUGCGGUGAUGUUUACAACAAACUUGUCACGGACAAGCUUGAAGAGUUUAGGACAGCUUCUGUUACUUAUGUUGUAAUGCCGUUAGACAAAGGUGCGUUUCAGGUUACAGAGCCGUUAAAGAAGGAUAGAUGGAUCGUCAGGCUGACUGAAAGCACGUGCACGUGUGGGGAGUUCCAAAUUUGCAAGUUCCCAUGUCUGCACGCUCUAGCAGUCUGUGAGAAGCUGACAAUCAACCCUUUGCAGUAUGUAGAUGACUGUAACACUCUUGAUCGAUUUCACAAAACUUAUGGAGCCACGUUUUAUCCUGUUCCGGACGUAUCAGCUUGGCCGGAAGCUUCUGGAGUUCCAACAUUGUUCCCUCCACCUCCAGUCAUUCUGCCACCACCGCCUCCAUCUAUCGUAUCAGCCAUAAACGAGAUAAACAUGUAUUUCCACCAAAGAAAGUUUCAUAAAAAGAGGUCAUCAAGAAAACGGAGAAGAGUUAUACAAGUCCAAUGAUACGUUCACGAGGCUCUGAUAAGGUGCACCGGGUCUACAUUAGGAGGAAGAAACAGAGGAUUGGUACCAUGGAUGGGGAUCACACGUAUGGAGACUAAUUCUUAUAUGAUGAUGGCUUGGCACGUGAGAAAGUAGUCAUGGGUUUUGGUGUGUGAGUUAGAUCAUUGUGUUAUAAAUAAAGAAGGAAUAUGUUAAGGGGGAGUAGGUUGAGUCAAGUGAGGAAGCAGCCGCUCUUGUAAUCUGAGAGUUUUUGAGAGCUUUUGAACAUUGUUGAGCUUGUAUUUACAUGUUAUUGGAGUUUUCCUAAGGUUAAGCUUUUAUUCAGAGAGUUCACUAGUUAGAACUUAGAAGCUUAAUCAGGCUCUAGCUAGAAGAUAUUUGUAAGGUGAAUAGGAAGAUCAACAAAUAUUUGUAAGAAACUUGUUUACAGUUCUUAGUAUAAAAUACUCACUCUCAUUGUUUAGAGAGCUUUAUGCA